AUGGACGACCUCGACGCGCUUCUCGAGGACCUCGACGCCGCGGGUAUCGGCGGCGGCGGCGCGGCCAAGGGCGGUGGCGGGACCGCGGCUCCGCCCGUCAGCAGAACCUCCAGCGUGCCCGCUCCCGGCAGGACCUCCACCGUGACGGACGGCCCCGCGCGAUCGUCGGGGGACACCGCGGCGCGGGACGGGGUUAACGGCGCGAAACCGACGGGGAACCUCGACGAGCUCGACGACCUCCUCGGGGAGCUCGAUGCGGUCAUGGGCAGCGGCGUAUCGCCCCUGACGGAACGACCGAAGCCCGCGUCGUCGUCGGCAACGACGACGACGUCCCAAAAGUCCAACGCACCAUCAUCGUCGUCGUCGUCGGCGCCGCGCGUCGCCGCGUUCGAUCCGUCCCGGGUUCGAACCGGCGACCCUUCGGACCCGCGCGGCGGCGCGCACCUCGCGCCCAACCCGCGCGGCGGGGGCACCGGCGGCGGCGCGAGGUGUGCGCCGUGCGCGAUCGUCGGCGGAUCGGACGCCAAACUCGGCCGGGCGUCGUUCAUGUCCCCGGACGCCCCGUGCGACGCGCUCCGGUGCGUGUCCUGCGACUUUGACGUGGUGUCCUUCGACGGCGUCGCGUGGUGUUCGGGCGAGGGGGGCGUCAAAGGUCCCGGGGUGGAUUACAUGUUCUUUCGUAACAACUACCCAGACGCGUCAGCGAUGGGCGCGAGGGCGACGGAGAGAACCGGUUGGAGGGCGUACUGCUGCCAGUGCUCGUGGCGGAGUUUGGGCGUCGGCGGGCGGGAGAAGGUGGACGGCGUGGGGGGUGAGCUUCGGUGGGUGUGCGGGGGGCACUGA